AUGGCUCCUCCAGACGUGUUGAUGGUUGGAACAGGUGAGUAUACCACUGGCUUCGUAGGAGGCGCCGCUUCCACCUCGGAUAAGAAGGUGGGAGUCGUUGGCCUGACAAUGUUUGACCUACGGAGACGAGGGAAGGUCGGCAACCUGAGCAUGGCUGGCGUAUCAGGCCUGAAAUUUCCCCAUAUCAGGAAACAUCUCCAGACCAACAUAUCCGAGGUGUAUAACGGGCUGUCAACUUCGUUUGAGUCUUACCCAGCAGAUGACAAGGUUGACGCAAAUGCGUACAAGGCGGCCAUAGAUGCGUUAGAGCCUGGCUCAGCUAUCACUAUAUUUACUCCUGAUACCACACAUUAUGAAAUUGCGCUGUACGCUAUCCGGCGUAAGAUCCACGUCCUUAUCACUAAGCCAGCUACAAAGACCCUGGAUGACCAUCUCGAGCUUUUGGCGGAGUCUCGAAAGCAUAACGUUUUCGUAUUUAUCGAGCACCAUAAACGUUUUGACCCAGCAUACUCUGAUGCUCGCAACAAGGCUCGAAAACUAGGAGACUUUAACUAUUUUUAUAGCUACAUGAGCCAGCCCAAGAGCCAACUGGUGACCUUUAAAGCAUGGGCCGGGAAGGAUAGUGAUAUUUCGUAUUACCUUAACUCCCACCAUGUCGACAUUUGUGAGAGUAUGGUUCCGGAGUACACCCCAGUUAAGGUAACUGCCUCAGCCUCAAAGGGAGCAGCUAUUGAGCUUGGCUGUGUAGAGGAAACUGAAGACACGAUCACUCUGAUGGUGGAGUGGAGGAAGAAAGAAGAGCCUUCUAAGGUCGCAACAGGCGUAUAUACCGCAAGCUGGACUGCGCCUCAACAGGCUGGAGUUCACUCCAACCAAUACUUCCAUUGGAUGGGAUCGAAGGGCGAGAUUAGAAUCAAUCAGGCCAAGAGAGGAUACGAUAUCGCAACCGAUGAAGGGCUUGUGUGGUACAACCCGUAAGUUCAAGUGAAAGAACCACAGAGUGUGCAUUUACAUGAACAUAAUAUGCCACCAGCCUGCUGGUCCCGACAAGGGACGGAUAGCUGUUUUAAGUUUUUCCACGUUUAUGCACAUCGCUUUGGUUUUAACUCUUCCGUUGUUGUUCCAUUUUUGAAGCUCGCUAAUGAUCUCCUCCGUCCCUUGACAGGUUCUAUAUGAGCUAUGCUCCCGACGAGGAAGGGAAUUUUGGUGGUCAGGGAGGCUAUGGGUAUAUAAGUUUCGAGAAGUUUAUCGAUGCUAUUACUGCCCUAAACGAAGAACGGGUGACUCUCGACCAACUCGACCAUCGCGGACUGCCAACCCUGAAGAACACUAUUGCGACGACCGCGAUCUUGCAUGCUGGUCGAAUCUCCUUAGACGAACAGCGUUUUGUUGAAAUCCUGAGGGAUGGGGACACCUGGACAUUAAAGUAGGCUUGGAGGGUAUUCGCAGCCACAUGGGCAGUGUCAUGAUGUCGUUGCACAAAGCAAAGUCAGCGAUAAACUAAGAGGGGAGCUGGAUCCCGAGCUUAGCCUAGAUGCCCUUUGCAUAGCCCCCUUCGUGGAGCUUCUCUUGUCUGCUUUCUUGGUAUCUUCAUAGUGUUGAUUCCUGUGGAAGGAAGAAAAAGCCUUGAUGGAAUACUGAGGCUUACAUAAGCGUGGCUGGUGAUCCAGUGAUCUAACUUCGAUAACAUAAUACAGUUACGCGCCGCAUGUGGCUGGUGAUGUCUUUAUUUCUCUUUCUGGAAUUAUUUGUUAAAUUUUUUUAUACAAACGACGGCAGCAAUAACAACCGAAUUAGCCAAUACUGCGCCUUUUCUCCAAGCCUCGUCGUUGACAUCAGAGAUAUUCUGGGCGGCUAGCUGACGUUAUCUCUCGUCACUCUCAGGCAUUCUUAUUGUCCCAUGCUAUUAUUUUCGCCUCCAGUAUGAGGUUCCAAUAAUGCAUUUAAGGUUGCAGCGUUGGAGAGUGGAGUUGACCACUCAAGAAACGGAGCGAAAACGAAGGCUUUCAUGCAUGUUCCCGUACUCCGUACAGGCUUUCGAGAAAACCUGAUCAUGCUGGAAUUGUCCUUGCAUACCAUCCUUUACUUCACGGUCCGUCAUAUGUGAAAUAAGAGGUCUCCCAAGCUCCUCCAUGGAAUACUCAACUUGGCAACGGAGGCGGAGUAAUAUCCACCUCUUCAGCGGAUAGUUCCUUGGUUGGCAAGCUAGCAGAUGGGAGAACGAGUUCCAUGGGGCUCCCCUCCGCACACAAGCUACGUCAAUAGAGCAUAAGAUAAACACUACGGUUCAUAUGAAUUACAAGAGGAGAAAAAAUCGCUCAGUGACAAGGGAAAUUGGCACGAUAGAUCUACAAGUUGGAUGAGGGGAUGUGUUGGGAGGGCUGAUCCUUGUAUUCAAUAUGGAGAGUCCAACCGAGCAACAUAUCGAUUUUAAUAAAUCCCUUCCGAGCCAAGGUACCUUGGCCAGGAAGGGUAGUACACCAAUCGACACGAGGGAGCAGCUUUUCAUCUCCAUAUUAUGGUACGCUUUUUAGCCUCCCGCAGGCGCCUUACAUGCAUCUUGCCCAUGGAUGGACUUUUGGUUUCUUCUUGAUUGAAGAGAAAGUACGAGGACAGCCUGAAGUAUUUAUAUCUCAACCGCAAAAGGAAAUAUCCGCAUAGAAUGGCGAGUUCAACCGUGUGCCCUGUCACUUUGGUCGGGGGGCAUUACUCAACUCGGUCUGUUUUAGCAAUUUAGUGGCUG